AUGGCCGGCGACCACGACGUGUUAAUGGUAGCUGAGGAGGCCGGGGAGGGAGCACCGGGGGCCUCUCCCGGCCGACCAUCUGCGCGGGCGUCUCCUACAAGCAGGCACAAAUACUUGGUCGUACAGGCACGCAGUAUGGCAGACGAGCAGCAAAUAAAUGGCAAUCAGGAUGAGGGGCUUGAAUAUCAGCAAGAAGAGCAAGCCGGUCAGAAUGGAGGAGAGCGUCAGGAAGAGAACAUAGAGUCUCACUCUCAGGCUCAGACAGCGGCAGCAUCAGAUGGAGGUCAAGCAGGGAUUGACCAAGGGAAGAUUUUCGUUGGGGGCCUAUCAUGGGACACUUCUACCGAGGGACUGCGGAAUCACUUUGCCAAGUAUGGCAACAUUACCGAUGCGGUUAUCAUGAAGGACAGGAUUACGGGCCGCCCCAGAGGUUUUGGGUUUGUUACCUUCGACAACCAGGACAGCGUGAACAGGGUGCUGGAAGAGAAGCACCGGAUUGAUGGCCGAGAUGUUGAGGUGAAGAGUGCAGUUCCGCGGGAGGCAUCCCAGGGCCUGAGGGGGCCACGAACAAAGAAGAUCUUUGUGGGGGGCCUCCCCGCGUCCGCCACAGAAGAUGUGCUGAAGGAGCACUUUGGGGCGUACGGCACCAUUGUGGACGUGGUGAUCAUGCAGGACCACACGACGGGGCGCUCGCGCGGCUUUGGCUUCCUCACCUUUGACAACGAGGCCGUGGUGGACACCAUCCUGAGCAGCAACAAGGUGCACGAGAUCGACAACAAGCAGGUGGAGGUCAAGAAGGCUGAGCCCAAGAAGCCCCUUGGGGACGGCCCCACUGGCGGCUACGGGGGCGGCGGUUACGGGGGCGGCUAUGGAGGAAGGAGCGGCGGGUAUGGGGGGGGCGGCUACGGGGGCGGCUAUGGCGAUGGCUAUGGGGGGGGCUACGGGGCAGGAGCAGGGGGGGGCUAUGGCCGGUCUACCGGUGGCCGCGGCGGCUAUGGCUCCGCAGGCUAUGGGGGGCCCGCUGGCUACGGGGCGGGCUAUGGGGGCAGCGGCUAUGGAGGGUAUGGGAGCUCCAGCGGGGGGUAUGGGGGGUCGUCAGCAGGGGGAGGAUACGGGAGUUCUGGAUACGCUGCAGGCGGGUAUGGCUACGGCAGCGGGUACGGUGCAGAGGACGUGUACGGCGCAUCCGCGGGGUACGGCGGCUACGGGGCUGCGGGAGGAGCCAGUGCGUACGGGAGUGGCUACGGGGCCGGAAGCAGCGGCGGCGGGUAUGGCAGCAGCGGCUAUGGCAGCAGCCGUGGAGGCAUGAGCGGGGCGGGCGGCAGCGGGGGAAGCAGGUAUCAUCCGUAUGGGCGCGGCUAAGCACAAGUGGAGGCCUGUGCAGGGGGAAGCGAGGGUGAAGUGAGGGUGAAGCGAGUCUGCUUUUGAUGAAUACGUACAGGAAUUAGGCUUGUAGUUCAAAACCCUUGCAGUUUUGAUUUUCGCCCAAUACAGCCCCCCUCCCUCUGGCCGCUCCUCCAGCAUGAUCGUGAUAUUGGAGCCCCACAAGACAUAUCUAACCCUUUUGUUGGACCAGGAUUGGUGGUCUUUACCUCUUUCCUGUGGACAGCCUUUGAUUGCAAAUUACUUCGUUGGUCAUAACUAUCGGAUUUCGUUGCUAGCGAAUCUGGCAUCAUCGUGUAAUCAUCAUUAUUCCUAGAACAUCCGGUGCUAAGGCGCACACGUGCCUAUGGUUGUAACUCCGACAUAAGGGUCCCAUUCGGUCAUGAUGGUCCCACUAAGUUGAUGUAUUUAAGGGCCCAUACCCUAGGCUACAUGGUCGAG